UACAAAAAUAUGUCAACGACAACGAAUAGCUACACCUGAGGAUCCUCUACCUGUAUUCUAUGUUUCUUGUCAGAAUUUAGAUCAACGUUGAGGAAGUUUUGAUCUGUUGUUUUGAUUAUUGAUAUAUACCCUUAUUGGCUAAGAUGGCGAGUUCAUCAAGAUAUAGUUCCAAUAAAAUAUGUUGUCCCUCUCAUCCAGAUGCACAUCUAAUUGAAGAUUAUAGAGCUGGAGACAUGAUAUGUUCUGAAUGUGGAUUAGUGGUUGGGGAUAGAGUUAUAGACGUUGGCUCUGAAUGGAGAACCUUCAGUAAUGAGAAGAGUGGGGUCGAUCCUUCUCGUGUUGGUGGACCUGAGAACCCAUUGCUCAAUGGCUCAGAUUUAACAACCAUGAUAGGUCCUGGAGGACGAGGUGAUGCUGCAUUUGAUUCAUUUGGAGUAGCCAGAUAUCAAAAUCGUAGAUCUAUCAGUAGUUCUGAUAGAGCUUUGAUAAAUGCGAUGAAAGAGAUUAAUACCAUGGCUGAUAGGAUAAACUUACCAAGGACAAUUGUUGACCGAGCAAAUAAUUUAUUCAAACAAGUUCAUGACGGAAGGAAUCUAAAAGGAAGAUCGAAUGAUGCUAUUGCUUCAGCUUGCUUAUACAUAGCUUGCCGUCAAGAAGGAGUGCCCCGUACUUUUAAAGAAAUCUGUGCGGUUAGCAGAAUCAGCAAAAGAGAAAUAGGCCGUUGUUUCAAAUUAAUUUUGAAAGCUUUGGAAACAUCAGUUGAUCUGAUAACAACGGGCGAUUUUAUGUCUCGAUUCUGCUCUAAUUUGGGACUUCCAAAUAUGGUACAAAGAGCUGCUACUCAUAUAGCAAGAAAGGCUGUCGAAUUAGAUAUCGUACCUGGAAGGUCGCCCAUUUCAGUUGCAGCCGCCGCCAUAUAUAUGGCAUCACAAGCUUCCGAAGAUAAAAAGAGUCAAAAAGAGAUUGGAGAUAUUGCCGGAGUUGCUGACGUUACUAUCCGACAAUCUUAUAAACUUAUGUAUCCUCAUGCUGCCAGCCUAUUUCCUGAAGACUUUAAAUUUGCAACACCUAUUGAUCAGUUGCCUCAAAUGUAAUAUACUCAUUUUUAGAUUAGAUGGACUUCCAAUAUUUUAGGAUUAUUCUUAUCCAAUCGUAUAACUAAUAAGGUCAAAGUGAAAUAUAUUCUUUAUUUUUUUUCA